UUAACGAUAUCAUCGAUAAUAGACACAGUCAAUUGGUGCUUCCGUGUUUUAUUCGUUGUUGUUCUUUGUUCGGUUGAAUUAUUAUUUUGUUCAAACAAAUCAAUUCCAUUUUUUUAUCAUUUAGUUUUAAGCAAUGAAAUAAAUGUGCUCGGCUACUUUGAACGUCCGAUGAAAUACAUCAAAAUGAAUCGGUCGUUUUUGUAUGGUAUAAUUGUUGCAUCAACAACUUGGUGUUUCAGCUUGUAUAUGUAUUGGUUGCUAACAAAAAAUGUUGAUUCAGAUGUUUUGUCAAAUAAAAUCUCCUGGUCGCCCAAUCAAGAUGCACAACAAUAUGCAGUAUUAAAACAUAACAAUGCACCAAAUCAAUUGGUCGACGAUGAAAAACAGCAGCAAAUCCAAGAGAAAAAAGACAAUCUUUACAAAAAGUACAAAAAGGAAAAGAAAUUUCGAAAAAUCAGUCAACAAUUGAGAGAUGAACUGAAACCAAUUGAAGUAAACGGAGAUUCCGUUUCAGAUGAAUUUGGCAUGGUGAAAAAUGCCGAAGAACAAUAUAUGCGCGAUAUUGGAUACAAACGUCAUGCAUUCAACAUUUUAGUCAGCUCGAAAAUUGGCUUAACACGAAAAAUUCCGGAUACACGAAAUAAGCUAUGCGCUCAUGAAAAUUAUCCAAUCAAAGAUCUUCCAACGGUAUCGAUUGUGAUUUGUUUCUACAAUGAACACAUUGUAACGUUAUUGCGAUCCAUAAAGUCUGUAUUGGAUCGUACGCCAUCCCAUUUACUGAUGGAAAUCAUUUUAGUCGACGAUUUUAGCGAUUUGGAAGAUCUAAAAGCCAAACUAGAAAGUGAAAUUGAAGUGUUGAACGCUGACAAAAUUCGUAUCAUCCGAAAUGAAAAACGAGAGGGGCUCAUUCGUUCGAGAGUGAUGGGCGCUCGUAAGGCAAAAGGAGAAGUUUUACUUUUCCUGGACAGUCACAUUGAAGCUAAUAUCGGUUAUGUUGAACCAUUGCUAAAUCGUAUCAAAGACGACCGUAAAGUGAUCGCAAUUCCAGUGAUUGAUAUCAUCAAUCCCGAUACAUUCGCUUAUACACCUAGUCCAUUGGUGCGUGGAGGGUUCAAUUGGGGGUUGCAUUUUAAGUGGGACAACUUACCAGAUGGCACUUUAGUUAAAGAUGCCGAUUUUCUUGGACCAUUUAAGACUCCCACAAUGGCUGGAGGUCUUUUUGCAAUUAAUCGAUCUUAUUUCACUGAAAUUGGCGAAUAUGAUUUGGGUAUGGACGUCUGGGGAGCAGAAAAUCUGGAGAUUUCAUUCAGAACAUGGCAGUGCGGAGGAUCUCUCGAGAUAAUUCCUUGUUCACGCAUAGGUCAUGUGUUUAGAAAGCGUAGACCGUAUAGCGGAACCGAUGGCACCGACACAAUGGUACGCAACUCACUUCGUAUGGCACAUGUCUGGAUGGAUGAUUUCAUUGAUUAUUUCUUGCAACAACAAAACUCCGCUCGAAAAGUCGAUUAUGGUGAUGUUAGUGACCGAAUUGCACUGCGAAAGCGAUUGAACUGUAAACCAUUCAGUUGGUAUUUACAAAAUGUCUAUCCACAACUUCCAAUUCCUGGCGAUACAAAGAAAAUAAAUUCAUUGGAAAAAGCAGUUUAUCAACCAUGGCACUCCAGAAAGCGAAACUACACCGACAACUACAUGAUCCGAUUGACCAACAGCAGUCUCUGUAUAUCGGCAAAUGGAGAGAAAGAAAAUGGUUUUUGGAAACGAAAUACCAACGUCAUACUUUCACCGUGUCUACGUGUUAAAAGUCAAGUUUGGUACGAAACCGAUAAACAUGAAUUGGUGCUGGGACAACUUCUGUGUCUAGAAGCAGCGAGUGCAUCAAGCUCAUCACCGCCAGUCAUAAACAAAUGCAACGAAAUGGGAAGUGAGCAAUCGUGGAAGCAUGGUAACUCGAAUCAAACACCAAUUUAUAAUUUGGCCGCCGGAACAUGUUUGUAUGUCAAACAACCGAUAUCGGGUGCUGUGGUUCAAUUGGGAUUAUGUGACGCAGGAGAGAAUCAUAGUUGGGAUUUAGUUAAAAAGAUGUUGUGAUUGCAAUAAUUGCAGGCCAGGGCUGAUACAUGCAGCUAUUUAAAAUAAAAUUGAAUACAAAGAAUCUCAUAUAAAAACAAUAUUCAGAUUUAAUGAAACAAUCGCAUUUCAAGCAUAUUUGAAUCAAAAUUGAUUUGAGCUUGUCCUAUAUAUUUUUUUAAUAAAUGUGUUUAAAUUCAAA